AUGGGAGUUGACUCCGGGCUGGGUACUUUCCGUGGACGGAAUGCAGGAGUAUGGCCGCCUCUGAAAGCCAUGCAGAUGGAUUUCAGCGAGAUGUCCAGCCCCGGCUUUUUCAAUCACGACCCGAGACUGGCCUGGGCUUUUUGGAAGUUCCGGCACCAAGCCUACGUCUUGGGUGCUCCGCACGACGGCUACCGGAUCCUGGCAAAGUGGGGGCAGAAGAUGAGGCAUGGCUGCUUCUCUGUGACGUCGAAUAUCGACGGGCAUUGGGAGCGCACGGAAGGCAUCGGAGAGGGGAGGAUCUACGAGUGCCACGGGGCCCUCACGCGGAUGCAGUGCGUUGAGGAUCGGUGUCGCGAGGCUGGGAGCAUUUGGCGGACGGACCCGGAAGAGAUUGCCAGGAUCGCUGUCCCUGAGUGGGAUUUGGUUCCUGGGGAGUCGGUCCUUGUCCGACGUUCCUCAGGAUCCACCGAGGAGGUGGAGGCCGUGGUGCAGGAUGACGGGUGUUCCUUGGCAGUGGAUGGGCGCCCGAUCGCAGCCCGCGCUGUUCGUCGAAGGGAUGGACCUGACCUGUUGCGAGCCCUGCCCACCUCACCGCUGCCGGUCAGCUCUGACAAGCAGCCGGCGCGGCCAAACGUUUUGAUGUUUGGUGACUGGGGCGUCAACGACGACAUCAUCAGUGCACAGAACCAAGCAUUCCGAGCUUGGAUGGGGGAGAUGCCGACGGAUGCAAAGCUGGUGGUGGUCGAAGUGGGAGCUGGCAAGGCCGUCCCGACCAUCCGAAUGCACUCCGAGCGAGUUCUGUCGCAGUGCGAGAAUGCCACUUUGAUUCGCAUCAACUGGGAUGACAGCGAUGUACCUGCAGCUUUAAAAGCAAGGAGCGUGUCCAUCGGUGGCGUUGGUGCUUUAGAUGCACUCUCGCAGCUGGACAAGAUGCUGUGA